UGAUUUGUUUUUACUUUGCUGUUGUGUGCUGUUUUGAAUUACAGAUGAAACAGAAAUGGAUUCAAUACCAAUUCAUAUUUCCUUUACUAUGCAGUGGCAAAUUAUGAACUUGAUGCACUUUUAUGUAGGAGUUUAUUACUUAUUUGUAUUAAAUUUUUUUGGCUUCAUUUUUAUAAUUUUGUGAAUAAAAAAAAAUGUAGGAUGGGUGAGCACAACAGGCAAAUGUCUGCAUCAAAGCCGGCUGCGACGUACCGAGGUGGCAGCGGUGGCGGGGGCGGCGCAGCGGGCUACGGCUCUUCCCGCAUGGAGGCAGAUCGCCGCGAGCACGAUGAUAGGGAUAGACGUGAUUAUGGCGAUAUAGACAGAUACUUAAAAGACAGACCUGCAAAACGGGAUGAUAGAGACAGAGACCGCGAUAGGGAUAGAGAGCGCGAGAGAGACAAAGAUAGAAGGGACAGAGACAGAGAGCGCGAAAGAGACCGAGACCGACGUGACAAGCACCGCGACCGGUCACGAGACCGCCACCGACAGCGCUCCCGGUCCAGAGACCGCCGCUACAGAUAGUACCACGCUAAAAUCUUUCAAUUUGGUCUAAAAGU